CUCUGGAGGCCGUGCUUCCGGGUGGUCAGGGAGCCAUGGCGCUCCCCUGCCUGCAGCGCGUCGAGCUCGUGCUCUUUGCCGCGGCCUUCCUGUGCGGGGCCUUGGCGGCCGCGACUCUCACCCGGACUCAGGGCUCCUUCAGUGGCAGCUGUCCCCUGUAUGGUGUGGCCACCCUGAAUCGUUCCUUCCUGGCCUUAUCGCGAGGCUCAGCCCCCUCCCUCUGCUACUUUGUGGCUGGGGCCUCUGGCCUCCUGGCCCUCUACUGUCUCCUGCUUCUGCUCUUCUGGGUCUACAGCAGCUGCAUCGAGGACUCCCAAAGAGGCCAGACAGGGCUCCGCAUCGCACUGGCCAUCUCAGCUAUAGCCGCCUUCCUGGUCCUAGUGUCUGCCUGUGUCCUUCGAUUUGGCACCAGCGCGCUCUGCAACUCCAUCCUCUCUCACAACACUACAAUUAGCUGCUCAGAAGCCCAGAAAAUUCCAUGGACACCCCCAGGAACAGCUCUGCAUUUUUACUCCAACCUACACAACGCUGAAAACUCUUCUUGGGUGAAUCUGGUGUUGUGGUGUGUGGUCUUGGUGCUCCAGGCCAUGCAGUUGAAGUCUGAAACCACCCCAUUCCGGCCUCUGGAGAGGGGGGACCCUGAGUGGAGCGCUGAAACAGACGUUCUGGUUGGGCCACGCCUUUCCCAUUCCUGAAGAGGUG